AUGUCAAGUGCCUCCACUGUGCUGGUGUGCAGAGCGAUGCGCGCGGCCGUGCUGGGGCGGCUGGCAGCCGUGCUGCUGCUGUGCGGGGGCGGCGGGGCGGCGAGCCAGCCGCUGGCGGGGGCGGCGGCGGCGGCGGCGCGGCUGCUGCGCGAGGCGCGCGAGUUCGCCGAGGCGCAGCCGGAGGACGCGGAGCCGCGCGCCGAGUACGACUUCGUGGUGGUGGGGGCGGGCUCUGCGGGGGCGGCGCUGGCGGCGCGGCUGUCGGAGUGCCCGGGCAGCAGCGUGCUGGUGCUGGAGGCGGGCGGCGACGAGGCGCUGGUGCCGGGCGGCGUGCCGCUGCUGGCGCCGCUGCUGCAGCUCGGCCCGCAGGUGUGGCGCCACCGCAGCCGCCCCGACGCCGCCACCUGCCUCGGCUACGUGGGCCAGCGCUGCAACCUGCCCGCGGGCAAGGUGCUGGGCGGCUCCAGCAGCGUCAACUACAUGAUCCACACGCGCGGCAACCGCCGCGACUUCGACAGCUGGGCCGCACUGGGGAACCCCGGCUGGAGCUACGACGACCUCCUGCCCUACUUUCGCAAGCUGGAGAACGUCUCCGCGGUUCCAGACCUGGCGGCCGACGCCAAGUUCCGCGGGACGUCGGGCCCCGUCUCCGUGGAGCAGCCGUCCUUCCGCACGCCGCUGGCCACGGCGUGGGUGUCGGCCGUUCGGGAGCAGCUGCGGCUGCCGCUGGCCGACUACAACGCAGAGGACCAGGCCGCCGUCAGCUUCCUACAGGGCACCACACGCAACGGCACGCGGUGCAGCACCUCCAGAGCCUACCUCAUGCCGGCCAGGCGCCGCCCUAACCUGCACGUCAGCAAGCGCUCUCUCGUCACCAAGGUGGUCAUCGACGGGACGACCCUGAGAGCCACCGGGGUGGAGCUGGAGCGCCAGGGCCGGCGGCGCAGCGUGCGCGCGCGUCGCGAGGUGGUGGUGUGCGCCGGCGCCGUCAACACCCCGCACCUGCUCCUGCUGAGCGGCGUGGGGCCCCGGCAGCACCUGGAGGCGCACGGGGUGCCCGUGCUCGCGGACCUGCCCGUCGGGCUCAACCUGCAGGACCACGUGACACUGGGCGGGCUGACGUUCCUGGUGAACGCGACGGGAGACCUGCAGGACCGCCAGCUGCUGGCCGACGCCGCGCCCUCCCUGGACUUCCUGCGGCGCCGCGGCGGGCCCCUCUCCUCGCUGGGGGGCGCCGAGGCGGUCGCCUUCUACGACGCCGACGGCGACGGCUACCCCGACGUCGAGCUGCUGUUCGCCGCCGUCACCAACAUGAACGCGGCGCUCAUCAGGAUCGCCUCGGGGCUGAGGGCCGACGUGUAUGACGCGGCGUUCCGGCCGUACGAGGGCCAGCACGGCUUCACCGUCGUGCCAUUCCCGCUGCGGCCGCACAGCCGCGGCAGGGUGCGCCUCGCCUCGUCCGAUCCACGCCAGCCGCCGGUGCUGGAGAUGGGCUACUUCAGCGACCCCCGCGACCUGGAGCUGGUGGUGGCGGGCGUCCGGCUGGCGGAGCGCGUGGCCGGCGGCGGCGCGCUGCGCCGGCUGGCGGCGCGCGUGCUGCCGCUCGCGGUGCCCGCCUGCUCGCGCCUGCCCGCCGGCUCGGACGCCCACUGGCGCUGCGCCGCGCGCCACCUCUCCUUCACCAUCUACCACCAGUGCUGCACGGCGGCCAUGGGGCCGCGAGGCGUGCUCGACGAGCGCCUGCGCGUGCGCGGCGUCGCGGCGCUGCGCGUCGUCGACGCCUCCGCCAUGCCGCUCAUUCCCUCCGGCCACACCAACGUGCCGGUCAUCGCCCUGGCCGAGCGCGCCGCGGACCUCAUCGCGGAGGACCACCGGUGCGCCUAGCCGGCAGCAGGUCUGCGGCCGGCCCCCGUCGCCCGCUUCACCGUCCACUGUGCGACUCCUUCACACAUUUCCUUUGUCUCCUUUACUGCUUCCAACGACACCGACGACGUAUCGUCUGUGACAAUCGCACAGAUGCCAAUAACGCUAGAUGCCACACACCGUCACAAGAAGAUCUCUAUUACUUAGUGUAUUACAAAAUACAGUAUACGAGGUGAGACACACUGGCAGAUUACAACUCUGUGUCGGACGGAGGCUGAAUCGGGACCUUCGCUUUUCGCGGCCAAGUGGUCUACCGAUUGAGCUACCGCAGCACGACGUAAGGCCGGUUCGCACUAGGGCUGCUGCGCGUCAAAACCUCGCGGCAGCGGCAUCGUUGCCAUGGAAACGGCGUCACGGGCACGGCGCGGCGGGCUCUGCCUCGCGGUUUGGCCGUGCCGAACCGCUUCCGCUUCCGCUGCCGCUGCCGCUGCCGCGAGCCGCGCUGCCGGUCCGCGCCGCCAAUCACAGAAGGCGCUGCGCGUGACGUCAGGUACGGAAGCCCGGGCCACACAAACUUUCGUCGAACCGCUGGCGCGAACGCGGCGGCAGCUAUGAAAUAGUUAUCAUCCGAUUCCGAGGAAACUAUUCGGUACAAAAAUUUGAUUCUUGGGCAUAUUACAGCCAGAUAUCUUUUCUCAAUAAAGGACCGAAUUUCUUUCCGUUAUUCAUCGUGGUUACUUGCUGUAUCGCAUUUACGCAAACCUUUACACGAAAUUUUAAUGUGUGUGCAGAGAUAAAAAGGCAUUGCGUGGACUUUGCGUAAAGUUCAUUUUAAAUAAUACAUUAUUGCGUAUGAAAUUUAAUCAACAUAUGGAAAUUGUUUUUAAAGUUGAGAGCAGAUCGAUAGCUACCACCGUUCUCGAGAUAUUGAAUGAUAUGUCGGGGGUCGGGCGCGGGUUGCUCGCGACGCGACCGAUACUUGUGUACUGCUCGUCGUAAACCAUGUGGUUGUAUAAACCGCAAAUUUCGUAAACAGUUCAAGAAAUCGAAACGUGUUUUUUGCCAACGAUAACUUGUAAAAAGUCAUGUAUUUCGUCUCAUGAUAAAUAUCCAAAAUCUGUUUAUCUACCGAGAUACGAAAGUAACUACAGUUUUUCAGAAAGGAUAUAUGAAUUUUUUACACGGCAUUUAAUAGCAUGUGAAAUGAGAAUUUAAACCGAAACUAAUUUCCAUGUUUCGCAGGAGAGGAGCUGUGAAGUUUAAAUUUUGAAAAGUAGGAGAUGGGAUAUUGGCAGAAGUAAAGCUGUGAAGAGGGAACGUGCGUCAUGCUCGCGUGGCUCCGUAGGUAGAGUGCUUUGCCCAGGAAAGGGAAAGGUUCCGAGUUCGAGUCUCGGUCCGGCACACGGUUUGCCUGGAGUGAUUUAGGGAAAUCACGGAAAACCUAAACCAGGAUGGCCAGACGCGGGAUUGAACCGAAUGCGAGUCCACUGCGCCACCUCGCUCGGUGAAUAUUUCAUUCUGGAGGUGUGUGAGAAACUUUAUGACACCAAUAACUGAUGUGCAGCCAUCACAUAACCGUCAUUCAAGCAAUAUUGACGAUAUUCAGACCAGUUAUCAAUAGUGUGAUUAUUGCCAAACAUGUUUCGGGAUAACAUUAUCCCAUUUUCAACUGCUUAAAAAGUUUUUAUGCCAAUACGCCUCGUCACAACUUAACAGUUGCAAACUGGAUCUCGUGAACGAUGCAUGCUCCGUCUUGUGAUGUUUUAUGUUUAUGGUUUGAGUUGAAAAUGCACGUGUCCAGCUUGUUUCCAACUUGCGACGAGGCCUAAUGGCAUUAAGCUCCUGAAAAAUGGGAUAAUGUUGUUCCGAAACAUGUUUGGCAAUAAUCACACGAUUGACAACUGGGCUGAAUAUUCGCAAUAUUGCGUUGAAGACACCGGCUUUUUGAUUACCCAGGCUUUUGUUUUUCAAACAGCAGUCUUGUCCACUUGUAAGUAGUUCCCUCUGGCAGCUAUGCACCGGCGGAGUCGUCGUAUCCAGUCUUGGUAGCACCUGUGAAAGACUUCAACUGGUACAGCCUUCAACAUGUCGAUGUCGUUCUUUUUAAUGUUCUCCAGAGUCCCAAAAUGACUUCCUUCUGAGAGAUUUUUUCAUUUCGGGAAAAUAAAAGAGUCACGGACUCAGAUCAGGUGAACAGGAGGGCUGUGAAACAACAGUAAUAUUUUCUAAGGUCAAAUACUCCAUGAUGGAAGCGGCCGUGUGACACGGGGCGUUGUCAUGGUGCAGCGUCCACUUGUUGCAGUGUCCAGUCUCACUUGAGUCACCUUGAGGCUCAAGAAGCCUUUCAACGACAUCUUUGAUAAAACACUUGGUUGACAGUUUGCCCUGGAGCAACAAAUUCUUCAUGCACGACACGUCUACUGCCAAAAAAACAAAUCAGUAUUGUUUUGAUGUUUGAUUUGCUCAAUCCAACUUUUUUUCGGUCGAGGAGAUGGCUCAGUUUGUCUAAGAAUCGUAUUAAAAAAUCCAGGAUUCACCACCUGUGAUCACCUUCGUGAUCAUUGGUAACCCUCUCAAGACUGUACCUGUGCUCAGUUGUGAGGUUUGUUGCCACAAUUUUGGCACAAAUCUAUCGAAUAUGCAAAUCUUCGGUCAAAAUUUCAUGUACGGUGAAAGCGUGAGUUUAACAGGUCACCCAUCAUCCUUAUUGUUAAACAGCAAGCACACGUUGAACGUUUUCGUUGGUUUUUGAAGCUGAAGAUCUCCCUGAGCGAGGUUCAUCUUCAACGUGUUCUCGGCCUUCCAAACAGGAUUUGUGUCAGCGAAAAACUUGUGCUUUUGCAAGAAAUGUUCCCCCACAGACCUGUUUCAACUUUUCAAAGGUCACACUCGUGGAUUUCCCAAGCACACGAGAUCUUAUAACGUUGGUCUAAAUUCCGCUGCUCCAGUUUAAUAACGCACAACAAAAGCGUGACUUCAUUGAUGGCGCUCACAAAAAUAACGUGAUGGCAGUACGGAGCUGAAACUCGGACUGAGGGAUGAACAGAGCGGUCUGCACAAGCAGAACACAGCGCUGUCAGAUCGCUCUCAGUGCUGUCAGUCUCAUCACAAUAUGAGUCGUGUAAGAAAAGUAAUAAGUAUCGGGACACCUAAUAGUGGACAUUAAUAUCGGGUCUGUCCACACCUCACCUUUAUGACAGCUUGAACUCUGUUGGGUGACUGGCUGCCUGUGCAUCAACGGUAACCCACUCUUCCUCAAACGCCGGAACUGGAGAAGGUAGUGAUGUUGGAAGCUAAGGUCUGCAACGAAGUGGACAUUCUGACUGAUCGCAAAGCUGUUCCAUUGGGUUCAAUGUGGGACUGGGUAGGCCAGUCCGUUCUAGGAAUGUUUCUGUUCACAAGCGAGUGCCUCAGACCCGCUUUGCGACAGUACGCAGUGCCAUACCGAUCCAACCGUCGUGUCGCAGCUGUUCCUCCGAUAACGUUCUCCAGGUGUUCGCCAGGCCCAUACCCCAACAUCAGAUUGUCACGUGUAGCGGGAUUCACAAGUCCAGUGUAGGCGCUCUUUACGUGAUCCCAAGUGUCGCCUAGCACUCAUCACAGAAACGCUUCCCACGCACAGGCAGUGUCUUAGCUCAAGUGCUGGCAGCACUUUGAAUCUCACAAAUUGCACCUUCCGCUGAUUUCAAGUGACCUCUUUACAACCGCCCUCCGCGUGCUCGACAGCCUGUGUGCGCCACCGGUACAUGAGGCCUGCCUGGUCUUCGUUUCGCUUUGGUCGUCCCUUUGCGUUUCUACUUCACACCCACUUCUACAGCAGACUUGGGCAGCUUUAGAAGGGUUGAAAUUUCGCUAUUGGAUUUGUUAGUAGCAGUGAUCAAAUGACUAGUCCACGUUCCAAGUCACCGGGCUACUCUUACGGACCCAGUCUGCUACUAUUGCUUCUGUUUCAUAUUGACGUGUUCGGCUCUCGCGACAUCUAGUGGUCAAUUCAGCGUUACAUAGGACUGUGCGUAUGCUGUUCAUACAACCGUGUUUUAACAUUGUGAUCUGGUACUAUACGCCGACAGACAUGCUCUGGGUCAGAUUUUGGAUAUUUUGGCAAGUUACUGAUAGCAACGGCUUUGUGGUAGUUAAGACUGUCUUAUGUUUAGGAAUCAACUACAUUGGAAGUAUGAACAGAAGAGGAUUGUUGCUCAAUCGAAACCGUUUAUCUAGUUGCUAUUGGGAUCUACUGCGACGUGGACUUUACAUUUUUUAACUGAUACCGCUACAUUUAUGUGGAGCAUAGAUUUUCCAAGAAAUAAAUGGUCUUUACUGCCUAACUUUUCAUUUUAGAACUCUGAGAAUAAUAAAUUGCAGGAACGCAGCAUCAGUCACAUGACAUGUUAACGUAACUACAGUGAAGCUGCACAUUUCGUGCUCUUGCUCAUGUUCACGUUACGCGAGUACAUCUCACGUUAGGACUAAAACCUGAACGAUAACACCCGAAAGCACCACUCGUUUUCCCUUGGACUCGCAUUCGGAAGGAAGACGAUUCCAAAUCGCGUCCGGCCAUCCUGAUGAAGGUUUUCCGUCGUUUCCCUUAAUCGCUUCAGCCAAACGUCAAGGGCUCGACCGACUUCUCUCCCAUCCAUCGCUAAUCCGGGCUUGCGCUCCCUCUGUAAUGACCUCAUUGCCAACGGGACGUUAAAUACUGUUCUCCUCCUCGUUUGCCACAUGACACACUGCACUUUCUCCAAGACUCACAUUAGCAAAAUUAACAGAAAAAUAUAUUAUUUUAAAUAAGUUAAAUUAUACCUCUUUAUAGCAAAACUAUGAAAUUUUAAGUCACCGCACUCAAUAUUUUUACAUACUUCUCAGUGUAAAUGAUGUAUUUUGAAGCACUUGCGAAACACACAUGAAUACUGAAAUUCGAAAUUCUACUUUGUAAUAAUGUAAUUCUCUAGUAAUAAAUAAUUUAUUUCUUACAUUUGUCUGAGCUGUCAUUCAACUUUUCUGUCCGUUCUCUUCCUCGUUCGCUGCUCUACAUAGCUAGAAUAUUUGCAAAAGAAAAAGAGCCCAUGGAUCAAAAGGUAGUCUCAGUCUAACACUACUUAUUGUACGGGUAUUAUGCCCUUGGCUUCCUUAGGUCUACCAACUCGCUUACCCAGACAAUUAUACAGGGAAACUUAAUGUUUAGCCUGGAAUUCGAAUCGCGGCUCCAUCACUUCUUUUACGAAUCACGUCACUUACAGCGUCGUGAACAAACCUAAGUGUGUCGACUACUGAACCCUGACAUUUCUCACGAAGCCAUCGUACCACUUCUCACACUAUAUUUAUGCUGUCACAAGUAAUACCGGGGAAACUGAGGAGCAGAAUUCUCUGCACUGCUACUAUCGUGAUUAAACAAAGGCAAUUUCGCCGCAUAAAAAACGUUGCACCUCUCGAGUGAAUAGCUUCAUAACAAACAAGGUUCUUAUUUUCAGCCGGCCGCGGUGGUCUCGCGGUUCUAGGUG